AUGGAACAAUUGAAUGCACUUAUUCGUGUAGACAUAAAAGAGAAACAAGAAGCAAGUCAACGAGUGGCCGCCGAAAUUGUUGCUGGUAUGAUUCGUGGAUCGAAAUAUUGGACACUAGAAAUGCUUGAUGAACUCUGGUCCAAACUGACACCAUUUCUCAACGAAGCCUGUAAGAAUCUCAGUUCAGAAGCAGUUCUUGACUGGUGUUACGGUUUCUGGCUUAUUAUGGCAGAUGUAGAUCCUAGACGAAUGUAUCGUGUUAUUGAAUUUAUGCAUUCUUUGAUAAACACUCCUUCAACAACAAACACGUUAAUUGAAACAUCUCGCUGGCAUCUAGUUCAAAAACUGGAGAAUUUCGAAUGGCGCAUCCCCGCAGUUUGGCAUGCUAUCAAUGAUCAUGCCAAAGACAUGUUGGCACAUCCAUACAAAUCCGUACGAGAAUACAUUGCUUCUAUUCUCGGCAUAUCACUCAGUCACGAUAUAACGUUGCCCAAUGGUCAAUCAAAACGCCAUCCCAGUGUCGAUCUUUUUUCCAAUGGCAUACAUGAACGAUUACAACAAGCGAUAGACAUUUGUGAAAGGACGCCUCUCGCCAAUAUUUCUGGUGAAAGUAUGGAAAUCGAUCCCAACGCUCGUCAAGCGCUGAACUUUAUCGAAACAAUAAUUGAACUCUGCAUAGAAAUAGCUAGCAGAUCUCUACAACCAAUAAAACAUGGAAUCAUUCGGCUAUUUCCUGAUCUCUGCAAUAUUGAAAGUAUUGUAGCCAAUGAUCAAAGCAUUCGAGAGCGGUUAACACUCAGUCGAAUGUGUAUUGCUGCUUCUUACUUGCAUGUUUCUUUUAUAGAAGCACUCAUCGAACAAAUAGAAUAUGUGUGCACAAAUUCUAAGUGGCAUGCACGCUGUGCUGCGAUUGAAUUUGCUCAGCAUAUGGUCUUUUUUAACCUAUUUAAUGCUCGUCCUUUUGCAUCGCGCAUACGUGAACUUAUUCUCAAAUGUCUCUUCGAUGAACAGUUCGAAGUGCGAACAAUCGCUUCAGUUACUCUAGCUGGCUUCUAUCAAUGUGGCUUUAUUGAAAUCGUCAAGGAGGAUCUGAACUAUUUUCGCCUGAUGAGAAAAACGAACUAUUUCAUCAAAGUCGAUGGCAAAAAAGUGACAUCAGCUGAAUAUAUUAUCAAACGACACGGUGGUGUUCUUGGCCUGUGUGCGAUGGUUCUUUCGAGUCCAUACGAUAUUUCAAUUCAUGUUCCUGAUGUUUUGAUGCUUCUGUGCGAGCAUUCACAGGAUCCAAAUCUUAUUCAAAAAUCAAUCAAGAAUACUCUGUCAGAAUUUCGUCGUACUCAUCAUGAUUCAUGGCAAGAACACCGUGAAAAGUUUACUAAAGAUCAACUUGUCAUCCUAGCUGAUUUUUUGAUUUCUCCUAACUAUUAUGCCUAA